AGAUUGAAAGACGCAUUAAACCAGCAAAUUUAGUAUUUGAAACUGAUGUAGAUUUGGAAAAUAUUGAUGAUGUUUUUGAAAAAAUAGAUGAAGGUGAAAUAUUAGAAACAAAUGAGAAAAAAAUUGAUUUUACAACUAAUCAACAUCAAAAAUUAAAUCUUAAUGAUUCUUUGGAUACUUAUGGAAUGUUAGAAAAAGUUAAAUAUCAUUUAUAUAAAGCAAUGAAAAUUUAUUGGCAUACUGAAGAAGGAGAUGCACUAAUAUCAGCAAUACUUGAUCCUAGAAUUAAAUCCCUUACUUUUAUUAAUAAUCAAGAUUCAAAAGAUCAAGCAAAGACAUUAUUACAAAAUAAAUAUAAUAUACUUAAAGGAGAAAAUUUAUCACCAAUAUUACCAGAAAUAAGAUCAACACCAUCACGAAGUUCUCUUUAUCAAACAUCAUUAUUUUCUAUUUUUGAAAAACAACAAACUUAA